GUAACGUUGGUGAACCUAGCACAUCCCGUGACGCCAUACAUUUCGCGCGUAAAUUCAGCUGAUUACUGUUUUCUGAUAUUGAAUAAGUUGCUGUACUGUGCUACUUUAAAGAGUGAGAACGUAUAAUAUUCACAAUUUGUACUUCACGUUGGUCUUUAUCAUCACACAUGGCAACAGUCCAGACAAGGCUUAACUUUAAUGUUAGGAAGAAAAGACUGAAUAGUUCUAAGUUAAACAUUGGAAAAGAAAAUGCAGAUUUUGGGAACAAGAGAUCCUCAGCAGUGAGUGCUUGUGUUGAACAAGGGAGGAAGUUUUGUAAAAGUAAAGAUCAAUCCAAAUGUGAGGAAUCAUUAUCAAGAUCACAUUUGUUGUCUGUUGAUGACAGUGACAACAAUUUAGAUACAGAAUGUGUUCUGAGUAAACAACAUGGGAACAAAGCUGAUGGAAGUUUUGCUUCUCAGUGCACAAAAAGAUUACACAUUGGAAAUGGUGAUAAACCCAUAGAUGAAUUGGAGAAUGUCUCAUCUCCUCCAAAACGUGGUAAGAUAUUAAAUGAAGAUUGUGAUGAUGUAGGAGUUAGUGCUCCGUCACAGCACACACCAUCUCAGCUUAUAACACGCCUACAUUUAAGAAGCAACACGGCCUAUCCUGGCCUUUCACCCCGCCUGAAUUUGGAAAUGACGGAACCCGUUAACAGAGACAUUAGGAUUUGUGGUAGUGUGAGCGAAUUAGACUGUGCUGAAGACGAAAAGAGUGUUGUGGUUGAAAAACCACCAGAUAGUGAGGAGAGUGAAGCAGAUAUUGUGAGGGACGCAGAAGACAAAAUCCAUUCUCUUCAUCUACCAGUAUUCUGUCCGUACAUGCAAAUUUUAUAUGCUCAUAACAUAUUAUUUUGUAUGACUUUUUCAUCAGGGUCAACUUAUCAACAAGUCCGUCAAGCUCUCCAGAGUAAUUCGCCAACAAGUCUGCCUGGUCGCGAGGAACACUUAAGCAGGAUCCACGCAUUUCUGCAUGAUCAUUUAAUAGCUGGCUCAUCAGGCACUCUGUAUAUAUCUGGACCCCCAGGCACUGGAAAAACAGCCUGUUUAUCCAAAAUUAUGGAACUUCCAGAGUUUAAAAGUGGCUACAAAAUCGUGAACGUUAAUUGUACCUCCAUGAAAUCAUCUGGUUCUAUUUAUGCAAGAAUUGCUCAAGAACUUGCCUUGAAAGUGUCAAAACAAACUGAGAAAAUCUGUUUGGCAAGUAUUGAGCGAUAUUUGGCUUCAAAUCAUAAAAUGAUUUUAUUGGUGCUCGAUGAAAUUGACCAACUUGAUAGUCGGAAGCAGUCUGUUUUGUACACAGUUUUUGAAUGGCCAUCGGCACCCAAUUCAAAGUUAGUCCUGAUAGGAAUUGCUAAUGCACUAGAUCUUACAGACAGGAUAUUACCUCGCCUACAAGCGCGACUUGAUCUCAGACCUGAGCUCCUCCACUUUGCACCGUAUACAAAGUUGGAGAUUGUUAGUAUCCUCACAGAGAGAUUAAAGCAGUCUGGUGUUUCUGCAAUGUUCCCAUCAGUUGCUCUUGAGCUGUUAUCUGGGAAAAUAGCAUCUACUUGUGGAGAUGUAAGGAGAGCGCUAGAUAUUGGCCGAAGAGUAAUAGAAUUGGCAGAGGUUCGGAAUCAGACAGUGCCCCUGCAACCAACUGUGGAUCAUGCUUCCAACACAUCAAGCCCCAGAAAAUCACCUCGAAAGAAUCCUGAUGCAGGAUGUGUGGCUCUCAAGGAAGUCAUGGCAGUCCUGAACAGUGUGUAUGGUACUUCACAGUCAUUUGUCACUGACUCUGAUGAAAGUUUUCCGUUACAACAAAAAGUCCUUGUUUCUACAUUGCUUCUUAUUCUCAAGAAGGGACACAACAAAGACGUCACUGUGGGGAAGCUUCAUGAAGUUUAUUGUCGUAUUUGCAAGAAGAAAAAUAUACUUUCAGUGGACCAAGCAGAAUUUAUCAGUUUAUGCCAGCUUGUUGAGACGAGGGGUAUCCUGAAGGUCCAAGGACGCAAAGAAACAAGGCUGUCAAGAGUGUGUCUGCAGUGGGAUGAAGAGGAAGUGUGUGCAGCUCUCAAGGAUAAGCAGUUACUGGCAUCAAUACUGAAUGACACGUCAUGUUUGUAAUGAUCUUGCAUGGCUCGCAGGGAGGCCAAGGCUUGUGAACGGUGUCAUGAGAUGAAAACAUAUGACAUUAGCUAGAAAUUGUCAUGUAAAAGAAGAGUGAGAGUUUUCUCAAGAGAAAGCGCAUUUUAUGAGAGGUAUGGUUUAACUCUCACUUGUGUCUAGUAAGUGGUUGAUCAUAUGUUUGGACAUAAUUAUAUAUUUUAUUCUGAUCUGUUUUAAAUGAGAUGGUCCUGCAUGGAUCAGUACAUUUUGCUGUUAUGAAAGAACCAAAUUAAAGCUAAAUUGUAAUGCAAAGCUCAAAA